AACAAAAACAAAAGAUUAAUCACCAAAAUCCAUUCAGAUUUUCAACUCUGCAAAAAUAAAUGGCAGACAACUCUCAGAACCUGAGCUAUCAAAUUGGAGAAGCCAAGGGCCAAGCACAGGAGAAGGCGAGUAAUUUGAUGGAUAAGGCAAGUGAUGCAGCCCAAUCAACUAAGGAGACAAUACAAGAGACAGGGCAACAGAUGAUGGUCAAAGCCCAGGAUGCGGUUGAUUCUGUUAAGGAUGCUACUGGCUUGAAGAAAUGAAGCUUUUCCAUUGCCCGUUUCUCCAUGUAAUCGUUGUCAUUUAUUGAAUAUUUUUAAAUAUUCAUCCUGUGAUCAGAUAAAGAUAAAGGCCCCACAUACUGAUGGGUGCCAGUUGAAUUGACCAUGAAAUAAAG